AUGCUUCCCGCUCGGAAAGUGACCGCGACUCCCGUCAAGACGACGAAAUCAAGCCUACCCAAAGAGAUGCAGGCACAGGAGGUUGUUAAGGUCGACGUCGCUCAGAAUGCGGCCGUGCGGAGGGCGCGGCAGCAGACAGACGCAUCGACAGGCUCUGCGUCAGCCUCGGUGGCUGCCGGCCGGUCUCUGACUGUUCCUGCAGAUCUGAGGCCCGCUUCCGGGUGGCAAUCCAGAGUGCCAUCUGAGCAUAUAAUAACCCCUAUAGCAAACGCGAUACGGCAGUACCGGCUGCACAAAAAGCACUUCGAUGAUCUACUUAUCGAGGAACGUCCUAUGGGUCGCAAGAGGCUCACGUAUCUAUACAAGGAGCGGGACGUCGAGCGUAAGGCCUGGGAGCUACGCGGUGGCCCCGAGGGUCUCGAGAAGUUCCUACGCCAUCUAUGGGAGGUACAUAUCGAAAAGGGCGGAUCUUCCGACAGCUUUAGGGAACCUCGUUACUAUCGUGUCUCAACGGACCCUCGAGGCACCCAAGAACCCGACGGAUCAGUCGGUCGUCUAUCUUCCGUUACUGGACCGGGGCCCGAUAUGUUCACCGGCAGAUCGCGUGUCCUGCUCGCCAUAAAGAGGCAUAUGGACGGGUGGUUGUGGAAGGUAUGUAACGAAGCCCUCGUCAGGGAACAUCCGGCCAGGGCGACAGAGCAUACAGACAUCAUGAGGUGCGCGAUGGUCUACACCCUCCCGUACCCCACUCGUCCCGCGCAGCUUCCCCCCUCAAGCCCGGCUAUGGACUACCUACGCGCCGUGCUCGCAAGCGCUACUCGGUACCGCAAAGAUCACACCGAUGCACAGAGAGUGGGGCUGCAAUACACGGGUGUGGAUGACCCGGUCAACCACGCGUGGUCGUACGACUGGGACGAAGAGUACCGAUUUGACCUUUUUGAGGCGUUGCGGGAGGUGAUCGACGACCACGGUAUGGGCGAGCUCGGCUGGGAGAGCGCCCGUUGGGAGGUGUACGACACGUGUACGGACACCCUUCAGCGGGGACUGCACUACGACCCGCGACCCUCAGAACGGAAGUGGAAUGAUCACUCAUUCAGGUGGUUGGACAAGGAUUAUCUGGAAGAGCGUUUGGAGUGGUACUGCAACCAGGAAUAUCCACCCGGCUCCGAUUCGAUGGCACACUACCCUCGGGAUCCGUAA